AUGAAGCGUACACGAACAGAGACCGCCGAGCAACCCCUGGAGGAACAUGAUAGUGGGUUUAUGAUACCCAUGGGUAUGUUUAAGCCCUUUCCCCACAAUGACACAUUCAUUGAUAACCGUAGUAUUGAAAUACGGGCGAGUCCUCAAGACAAUCCCACGUCAGAAACGGUUACAUUUUUACAUCAUAAACAAGAAUAUGGUGUCUUAAAUUUGCAAGAUGCAAUAAUAUCGGGUAAGAUUACGGUGAAACAAGCUGAUGGCAACAACGUUGCAGCAGAUCAAAAUGUUGCGUUACACAUGUUACCCUUAACACAGUUUUGGAAGAGUAAAAGUGUUUUGAUUAACAACGAUCAAACCAACACGGUAACCACUCAAGAAAAUGAGCUAAAUUACGUGUGUCAUCUGUUGGACAAGGUGCCGUCACAAUACCAACAGUCCGAUGUAAUUGACCUGGCAAUACAUGACACACCUGGACAAUUUGACGAUGUCACCACGCUUAACAAUCACGACGACGACGGAACAGUUAAUAAAGGUGCCGCUCGACGUUAUAAUCAAUGUCAUCGUGGUGAGACAACACCCUUAUGGUGUUAUGACACAAUCAAAUUAACGGGCGACACUACACGUUUUGUCGUAUCAUCGUUUGAUAUAAGAGUGAAAUUGGAUCGGUUAGAAAAAAAUAAAUGUUUAUUUGGUACGGCUGCCCAAUGUGCUAAUGCAUUUAUACACAUCGAGGAAUUAAAACUUACUAUUCCCGCUAUGAAACCCCACCAACAAUUGACGAGUGCAAUCAAUCAACUUAUGAUUCAACAGGGUCAAGAGUGCAAAUAUUAUGUGCGGCAAUUUCGUUAUGUGCCCACCCCCGUGGCCCAAGGGGUUAAUAAAAUUAUUUUAAAUGAUAUUUUCAACGGGGCCCGACCUACACGUCUCAUUGUUUAUGUAAGAACGCAAGCCCGUUACAAUGGUUCGUAUACAUUAAAUCCAAACCGCAUGAUUCUUCCCUUGUUUGAUCAUUUUGCUGUGAAAAUUAAUGAUGCCUGGUUAUCGCCAGAACUAAAAGGCUCCCGUGAGGCAUACAUUCAAUUACGACGUAUUUUAAAUCGUCGUAAUGAUGAAAUGCCUUUUUCGUAUACAGAUUAUUUGACCGAUUAUGGCAUGAUUGUAACAGACCUUACAGAGAAUAGGGAUAGUUACAACCGUGUUUUACCCAACACAACCAGCGGCAAUGUCGGUUUGGAAAUGCGCUUGACCGCGAAUAUAGCAGCACCCUCACAAAUCAUAUGUAUUGGUGAUUUUCGUAAUCAAUUGUCUGUGGGGUAUCAAAGCACUGCGCGAAGUAAAUUUACUUUUUAA